CUGGAGAGGCAGAAGGAAACGGAGGUGCAUUCUGGGAAUUGUAGUUUUCUGAUGCUCUCCUCUAGCUAGGACUGCUUGUCCCAAGAUGCAGUUCCACACCCUGGGUUCCUUAGUUACUAUGUGCAAGUACUGGAUAUGGUGUUUGGAGAAAGGGCUUCAGGCUUAUCACAGUUUUACUUUAUUGCAAAAGCAGGUCACGACUUAAAGUUUCUCUGGUGAACAAGUGUGCGGAUUGUGACUUAUGUCAGUCCAAGAAAUAAAUAAACAUGCAGUUCUCCCUCCUAUCAUUAGUAGCAGUGACAAGGAAUUUUUGGAAAAUAUGCAAAGAUACAUAAUUACAGAAACGGAAAGAGUGGGCUGUAAUGAGGAAGGACCUGCUGAUGAGUAUUACAUCAUAUACCGCAAUGUUUUUGAUAAGGUAAUAGAAUAUGUCACUGCAUACAAAUCCAUUCUUACUUCAAUCAAAAAAGAAUAUGAUGCCUUUGUUGAGACAAUAAAGAAAGGCCGAAGGACUACAUUUUUUCUUCAUGGAAAACUUAAAGUUUUGGCAGCAGAGCCCACAGCUUUCGUGUAUCACAAGAGAAGAAUUACACAACUUGAAGCAAAGAUGAGAAUUAUUGAAAACAAUUCCUCAAAAAUCCAAUUGGAAAUAGAUCAGAUUAAACAGCUUAGGGAAGAGUAUUAUUCAAAAGAAACACCAUAUUGUACUUUCUCUAAAGAUCCAUCAACACGUAUUCCAGGCAUGACACUCCGAGAGUCCGUCAGUCUAGAUGCACUGACUAAACACAUGAAAUAUCUUGAAAAAAAAUAUGAAGAAAUAAAGCAGGAUAUGUCAAUAAAAUAUAUACCAGUUCAGAGGAAGGUGGAUUUAGAUGAAGAAAUGAUUAUGCUACUAAAACGGCGAGAUAUAGCUGAACAUCUGAACAAAGAAUUACAGUUUAGUCAUCAAAGACUGCAGAUCAUUUCCUAUGCAUUUUCUUUAUGGGUGAAAUCUGAUAUGAGCAGCUCCUUUCCAGACUUUGUAGAGCAAAUUCAGAAAACCAAAGAUUUGCAUGAUGACCAAGCCAUCGCUGAGCAACUACUUGAAGAUGAUCCAAGCCAGGCCAAAGAAGCAGAGAUUAUGCUUUACUACAUUGAAAGGUUCAAUGAAUUAAUCUCACUUGGUGAAUAUGAAAAGGCAGCUUGUUUUGCAGCAAACAGUCCUAGAAGAAUUCUUCGAAACACUGGUACAAUGGAUAAAUUUAAGGCUGUUGGGAAAAUUAGAGGAAAGCCUCUUCCAUUACUCCUAUUUUUUGAGGCUGUGUUUAGCACAAGUCAUGCUUUUAGACAGCCUAUUGAUGCGGAACUAACCCUGGAAGGAAUCAAAUGUGGAUUAUCGGAAAAACGGCUGGAUUUGGUUAUCAAUUGGGUCACCCAGGAAAAGCUGACAUUCUCUGAGAAGGCUGGGGAUGUGAUUUGUGAUUAUGGGGAGCAGGAUACUUAUAACAAAUCCAAGUGCUUGGCUUUAGCUCAAAUUAUCUACAGUGAAUGUGACCUGCACAAGAAAGUUCUACUCUGCCUGUGUAAACAGGGUCAGAUUCAUAGGGCCAUGGAAUAUAUACAAUUCAAGGACUUUACUUCUGAUGACCUGAUACAGCUAAUAACAUUAUGUCCCCAAACUGAAUUAAUUCAAUGUCUCACUAAAGAAUGGAGUGGGAAACCACCAUCUUUAUCUUUUUGUCUUACCGUACUUCAUCUAUUCUCUGUAGACAUGAAAAAGGUUGGGAUUAAGCUACUUCAAGAAAUAAAUGCAGGUGGGAAAGCUGCUGUUGAACAUCUUGUGAUGAGUGAUUCACUUUGCUCUCUAGAAAAGUGGCAAGCAAUGGCAAAUAUAUGUUUACAAAAUGGCUUUGACAAGUUACGUAAUGACAUCAUGUCCAUCCUUCGAUCUCAGGCUGGAGUAACAGAAAUUUCUGAAGAGGAUGAUACAGUCAAUUUAAUGGAACAUGUUUUUUGGUAGUUCUAUAUCUUCACCAGUUGAGGGAGCUUGUAUAACAUUUUAUGUAUGUUGGUUGGGCAAACUGGUUUGGCAUAACUCACUUUUAAAUAAAUUUAGAGUAUGAAACUCUCAGAAAUAAAUGACACUUUGUCAUUGA